GACAGUACCAGAGACGGACCAACUGUGGAAACAAAUCCGGCUGUCAGGUAUCUUUUAACGAUAUCGGAUUAAAAGAAGAAAUCCUCGCUGAAAAACUUCACAAAUAUCCUGAAGACAGACUCUCUCCUUCUUCUUAUUAACGGUCCUCAUACUUCUCAACACACCAAGUGGUCUCUGACGCUCUUGUAAAACAGUAACACAAAACAACAACAACAACAACAACAAUGGCUUCUGGUUCGUCCUCCCCGGACACCGCCACGGGCUCCGGUACCGACCCGGCCCGGCCCGACACCGGAGAGCCUCUCGGGGGGGCCGGGUCGGACUCGGACUCGGACCUGGGGCUGGAUCAGUUUGACUGCAGCGGGGGGGAGGACCGGCUGGAGGGGGACGACCUGCAGCGGGAGUUCGAGUCCGCGGCAGACCGGGUCCGGGACCUCGUCCAGACCGCCGCGAGGGACCAGCUGCUCUACCUGUACGCCCGGUACAAGCAGGCCAAAGUGGGAAAGUGCAAUACACAGAAACCUGGCUUCUUUGACUUUGAAGGACAGAGAAAAUGGUAUGUGGCCUAA